AUGUCCCCCAAUCAGUACAUUGCUACUUUUGUAUAUGCAAAAUGCAAGGACCAUCUCAGAAGACCCCUGUGGAACAGUAUGCUACAGCAGUCAAAUACAUCUCUUCCAUGGUGCACUCUAGGGGACUUCAAUGUUAUUACAGAUCCUGAAGAGAAACUAGAGGGUGUAACCUACAACAUGAGAAAAAGUUUAAAAUUUAUUAGUACCAUUGAAGCCUGUGGUUUGCAGGAUUUGGGGUUCUCAGGACAAAAAUAUACCUGGUCUAAUCUGAGAGGUAUAAUGUUCAAAAUAUGGAAGAGAUUAGAUAGAGACCACCCAUCUUUUAUGGAGAUGGUUAGUAGGUGCUGGAGCAGGGAUACAGAGGGUAAUCCAAUGUGGUGCUUCUAUCAGAAAAUGAAGAGGCUAUCUGCCACUCUUAGUAGCUGGUCCAAGUUAAAGUUUGGGGAUAUCUAUGCCAAAGUGAAAGAAUAUGUAGAAAAGUCUAGACAAACUAAAGAGGAACUAAUCUCUGUCUACAAUGAGGAGUGCAGAACCAAACUUUAUUCCAUUAAUGCUGAGUAUAUUAGAUACUUGAAAAUGGAGGAAUUCAUGCUCAAGCAAAAAACUCAGUUGCAAUGGUUCAAAGAAGAUGAUAUAAACUCCAAAUAUUUUCAUUCUUUGAUCAGAGGAAGGAGGAGGAAACUUCAUAUCCAUAGCAUUCAAAAUGAGGAGGGUACCUGGCUAUAG